AUGGAAAAAGGGCUUAAAAAUUCUCUCCAGAUUCAACUCCUCUGUUUUCUCUUGUGUUUAUUCUCUGCCUCGGGCAUUCGUGCUGCUUCGUAUGAUCAUCUUCAACUAGUUUAUGCAUGGCCCAACACGUUUUGUUUGGACCGAAAUGUGGCGUGCAAAAACCCGGUGCCUCAGAAGUUUGUUCUGCAUGGACUUUGGCCAUCUGAUAAAUCUGGCAAACCUUUAGCUUACUGUCAUAAAACUGCAAACGUUUCUUGGGCACUUAGCAAGUACGAAAAACAAUUGUCGAGUUCAUGGCCGUCUCUCAGAAGGGACCUAACGAACAUGAAAUUCUGGCAAUAUCAAUGGGAAAAACACAGGACCUGCGCACUAUCGAGAAUGAAUGUGCUCGGUUAUCUGCAGCUGAUUAUUACCACACAGCGCAAUCUCGACCCAUUAAUGGCGCUUAGAGCUAACAACAUUAAGCCCAAUGGGUAUCGUACCCCAUGGAAUCUGUCGAGGAUGCCAUAA